AAGGCGAGGAAAACGAGGGGAUGAGACAUUCUGCGACAGUUGACGAGAGGGCUGGGCGAAAUGUAACUUGGCUUGUGGUUAGAGAUUCCGAGCCGAGCAGUCUAAGCCUCCUUCACCGGACCUAGCGAUUCAGGCCGCAAACCUCAAGGUUCGAGAGCGAUUGGCCAAUGAGGCCUCCCAAACUGCUCCCUGGUUUGGGCGUGCGUUCGUGCUGCAUCAUCCAUUCACUAAGCACUUGUCCUUCACUAUAGCAACGUUGUGCUAUCCGAUGUGCUAAAAGUUUCACUGUACAUGGCAACAUCGAAUGUUUCGUUGUAACCAGCUCCAAAGAUCUUGCAGCAGUCCCAGCUGUGCCCCGCUGGAAAGCAGUUGAAGUGCUGGAGCCAGGUCAGCCAAACUGCCUAGGGGAUUGGGCAACACGAUGGGAGAUCAUCCGUCCCCAUUGGCUCUCCCAUCGCGCGGAGAGCUCCGGUUCGUGGAAUCUACCUGUAGGCGCCUCCAUCCUUUCUGACAUCGACUCAACGACACAAUUGACUAGCAGCAGUACACUCGGCAACCAGCAAGCCAAUGGGCUCGAAAAGGUUCCGCCAAUUUUCGCGGCGGGGCAAGGGAAAGCCGAAUCUGCCACCACCAUGCGACUUCAGUUGCAUCGGUGUAACCACGACUUCGCUCUGACUGUACUUUGCUAAGUGUAGCUAGCUAAUUCCCGUUCCUUCUGGGACUUACGAAUUAAUAUGGGUUUGACUUAGCAAUGACUGCGGCCAAGGAAAAGUCUGGCACACUGGCUACCAGGUUUUGGCUAAACUACGUUCGCUUAUUUGGUUGAGAGCCCAAGCGACUCGAAUUUUCCAACCACCUACCCAACCCCUCCCUCCCGCUCUCCCUCCCCUAUCCAUCUCAAAAUCCCCCUUCCCAUCUCAGUUGCACACAGUCAUACAUUUUUUAGGCGCUUUUCCUCCACACCAUCUUCCAGUAUCUAAGUCGACAAGUCUCAACCUAGGCUUCCUCUUCUGACCUCUUGACACCCUCGCCAGUUCACUCCACCAGAGCCCUAGAGAGAGCGUCGAAACCUUCUCAGAGUACUACUACAACCAUUGUGGUCUCAUUCGCGCGACGUCAUCGUAACAAUCUUUCCUUUCCUUUCACUCACAGCACUGCCAUUUUCGAGCCGACUAGAAAAACCAUCCGCACCACCAUGAGCCAUUCCUGCGUGUUCAUCCCAUCCACGGCGUGCAACGACCCCACCGCUCUCACCGCGCCGCUGCUCCCCACCGCCUCUCGCGGCGGAGAUAAUGCGGCUGCGGCACCGGCUUCGACGGCGGAAGCAGGCGGUGGCCAUCACGGGGAGAAGCGAGGGCUGAAACGGUCUCUGACUGUCGUCGAUGGCGUGUGCAUGGUGCUCGGCGUGGUGGUGGGCAGCGGAAUAUUCGCCACGCCAGGCGUGGUGCUCGUGGACUCCGGGGGAGUGCCGCUCUCCGCGCUCAUCGUGUGGCUCUGCGCUGGCGUCGUGGCUUACUCCUGCUGCGAGGUUUAUGCUGAGCUGGGCAGCUCCAUACCGCACGCGGGCGGCGACGGGGAGUACAUCCAGCUGGCGUUCGGGGACCUCCUCUCGUUUGUCUUUAUGUGGAUGUUCUUCUUCGUCUCCACUGGGGGAGGGAUUGCCAUCCUUAUUGUCACAUUCGCUCGAUACACUAUAGCUUUGCUCCCCGGUAUGCAGGGCGCCAGCCAGGAGCAGAUGGAGCUGGGAGUGCGGAUCAUCGGCUGCUCCUUCACCCUGCUGCUCACCGCCAUCAACUGCGCUGGAGUGAAGGCAGGGGCGUUGGUGCAGAACAUUCUGACAGUCACCAAAGCUCUCCUCAUCGCAGCAGUCGUGGCGUGUGCUCCCAUCUUCGUCGCCCUCCACGGCACAUCUGUAGCCGCUACAAACUUCUCUCAGCCGCUCCCACCCAUCUCGAGUUACAACUGGAGCAGGGCUGGGGCCGGCUUGGUGGCCGCUGUCUGGGCGUUUGACGGCUGGAACUGCCUGGGCUAUCUAUCAGAGGAGCUCAAGAACCCCAAGAAGGACCUCCCUCGCUCGCUGUCAUUCGGCAUGCUCACUGCCGUCGGCAUCUGUCUUGCAGUCAACUCCGCCUACUUCUGCAUCCUACCCCUGGCAGCCGUGGGCAAGUCAGAAGUGGUGGCCGUGGAGGCAGUCGAAGCUGUCUUCGGCCCUCCCUCUGGCCGAUUCAUCGCCUUCCUUGUGGCUCUUAACGUGCUCGGUGCUGCGAACGCUACUCUUUUAUGCCACGCGCGCUUCUUUUACGCCAAGGCAAGGGACGGCCAGCUCUUCUCGUUCCUCAGCGGAGUCACUUCUGGAGGCGCACCCUACGCCUCACUUAUCGCCACUGGCGGAUGGAUAGCAGUCGUUGUCUUCGUUGCGGCAAAUCAUCUGGAGAAGUUGAUUGAUUAUUUUGGCAUCGCUGCAUGGAUGUUCUAUGGCCUUGUGGGAGCGUCCCUCAUCAAGCUCCGGUGGGACCUGCCCGACCUACCCCGCCCGUACAAGGCCAGCCUCUAUCCGCUCCCCGGCAUCAUCGUCGUUGUAGCCUCCACGUACCUUGUCAUCUCAUCCCUCGUCACCCAGCUCGUUCCGUCUCUUCUGUCCCUCGCCUUUGUUUUCGCGGCGCUGCCCGUUUACUUCGCCAUUCGUUGCAUGAGGUCUACAGCUUGCUGUGCUGCCUCGUGCACCAAAACUGCCUCAACAGUUCACAUAAUUCCUGAGACUGAUGCGAGGAAACCUUUGCUUUCAUGAGCAUCGACCCUUUUCAUCUAUUGUGAAUUUGUCUUCACUGCAAUGCCAUUUAUCCCCUUCAUGGUUUAGCACAGAUGUGUAAUCCAAUGCAUGGUUCAAUGUGAAGUGUCACCACAAUGUACAACUAUGUAUUGAACAUUAUAUUUAUAAAUAAUAUUAUAUUAU